CUUUCCAAAAGUGCAGGUAACUUCCGGUUGCAGACGACAAGUGCGAGUGAGUAAUGUAGGUAGGGCAAUUUUUGGGGGAAAAUGGUGACAAGUCAAAUAUUCACAGCAACAACAGAUGGAAAUAUUUCCUUUCUAUCGACAUUAAAUCCUGAACAACUCACAGACAAGAUCGUUGACGAUAAAGGGGCCAAUUGCUGCCAUUAUGCAUCAAGGGCGGGUAGGGUAGAUGUCAUCGAGUAUCUUGUUCAAAACAGACACUUCAACCACCACAAGCGGUCCAUGGUCGGCUCUACUCCAGCGCAUGAUGCUGCAGCCUCAGGGAAACUAGCCACUGUACAAUGGUUACUGAAACAAGCCAAACCUCCCUUAACUCCAGAUGAUCAAGAUGGCACUGGAGCAACUGUACUGCAUUUGGCAGCUAGAUAUGGACAUGCUUCACUUGUAGAAUGGAUUCUUGAUAAUACUCAGGGUGAUUUAGCCAUGAUAAAAGCAGCAAGUGGUGCUCUGCCUCUUCAUUUUGCUGCUUCUGGUGGAAGUGUGGACACUGUUCAAAUUCUAUUACAGGAUUCACCUAGAUCUGUGAACAUGCAAAUGACAAAUGGAGCAACCCCGAUAUAUAUUGCUGCACAGAGUGGGCAUUUAGAGGUCCUUAAACUACUGGUUCAGAAAGGUGGCACUGUUAAAAUCCAUGCAUAUGAUGGCAUGUCAUGUUUACAUGCUGCAUCCCAGAGUGGACAUCUUGAUUGUGUAAAAUUCUUGGUAUUGGAACAGAAAUGUAAAGUAAAUGAGCGGGACUUUGACGGAGCUUCCUGUCUUCACUACGCAGCCAGCAUGGGUCACGCUGAGGUCGUUAGGUGGCUGAUGUCAGAGGGAGGGGCCAAGGUCACCCUGGAUAACCUUGGAGGCAGUCCUCUCCACAAUGCAGCAGAAGUGGGACAUCUCAAGGUUGUGAGAGUUCUAUUGGAGAACAAUUGUAAUCCCGAUAUAACAGAUAACCAGGGUCUGACAGCCUUCGAGUUAGCAGAGAAGUGUUCUAAUGAUCAAUGUGCUAAGGAAAUCAAAGUAAAACAAGUUGGUUUUGAUGAGGAAGAAGCAGGCCAGUCCUGGACUCACCAUUUAGAGACAGCGUCCAUUGUCAGUAGAUCAAGGAGGCUAGAUUGUGAAGAUUCUGGAUCUUGCACACUUUCUGAGGAGACAGGAGAAUGUGAAAAGAGAGAUUACAGACAAAUAGAGCUGUCUGAUGAGACAAAUAAUAACUGGAACAUACCUGUACCAGUCAACCAUACAACUUCUCCAAAUACCACCUUAUUUGAUAAACCACAGGACUCCUCACUAAGUCAUCCUAACAUUGACUCUACACAUUCUGCAAUCCAUAGAGAAAAAGCCGAAAGUAUCAACAAACCAGUGACCCGUAACAAAUCCUUCGUCACCUCAGAUUUCCUACAGAGGUAUAGCGUGGCUAGAGAGUUACCUCCCCUGACCCAGAGACCAGCAGCCCCUGUGAUCCAGGUGUCGCCACUACACAACAGAGCCAGGAUGAGUGAGGGGGAGAAGGAAGUGGUAGAACAGUUAUCUCCCCAUACCUACAGGAGCAGCAGGACAUUACUGUUGACAGAACUCAAUGACAAAGUCAAAACUGUACAAGUCAAUGGCCAGGGGUCAUCCAACUGUGAACAUGAAUCAGUCAGCAGUAACAGAAUUGAACCAAGAGACAUGUCAGAGAAUUCACAGAGACCCAGUCCCACUUCCUCCUUUUCGGGGUCAGCCAGGAGCAGCCCCACCCCACCCCACACAGGACUGAUCGCUGAGCUGAAGAAGGCUGCUGUUGCCCCAACCCUAAAGAAAACCAAAAAACCAACGGAGGAAGGAAAAAUGAACUUCAUAUACUCAUUUGGAGGACCAGUAAAAACAGGCUCAUUAACCAAUGGAGCUUCUAAUCAUAAUUCUAGUGAACACUCUUAUCAGCCAAAGAAAGAAAAAAUUGUAUUAGAGGGAGACUUUGAUCCCAAAAAUUUUAUGGACCAGGUUGAGAGUGUAGAUAAGUCUGGAAACUCAAUGCCCGAUUGGAAACGACAAAUGUUGGCCAGAAAUCUGGCAGAGAAAGCCUUUAAAGAGCAUGAGGAAAAGAGGAAGCUUGAAGAAAUAGAAGCCAGGUUUAAGAACAUGCCACUAUGGAAGAGACAACUGAUAGAAAGGAAGGAGGCUGAAGCAAAAGCUUCGGCAGAGCAGGCAAAUAAAAAGAAGUAGCAGUGUGUGGAGCUGUCCACCAGGCAUGCUUCUAAUCUUAUUUACGAUUUCUGACUUCAAAUUGCUGUCUCAAUAUGUAUAUGAAAUCCCACAAUCUGUGCAAUUGUCUGAAUUGUUGAUAUUUUUGUUACAUUAAUGUUUAUAUUUAUUGUGCAAUGUCUUAUGCUGUUUGCUUGUUUUGUCAAAUUUUCAGCAGAAAUGCAAAAACACAUUUUUUUAACAAAGCUAUUACAUGUAUUUUGCAAUAGAUCUUCAGCAUUUUAAGAUUUUUAAUGACAAGAAAAGGUUGUUGAUUUCUGAAAUGAUGUUUGUAACUUUCUGUGUACCCCCUCCUUUAUUGGAGAGUAUUGGUUGUAAAGAGGUGCUAUUAUAAUUGCAAUGUAUACUGCUUCCAAAUCAGUAGAAUUAUAAAUAGGUACUUUUGCUGUAAAUUUCAAUUGUUGAAGAAUAUUCAGUUUUAUCCUUUGGAUGCAUAUCAUAUUAAAAUGAAAGCAUGUACAUGUUCUUCACAAAAUUUUAAAUCUCAGAUGUAUAUGUUCAUUUACAUUGUAGAUUGGAAUAAUAUUGAUGAUAAGUUUGCCAAAAAUGGGUGAUAAAUCAUGCAGUACUUACAGUUUUACAAAGAUUUAUCUAUGAUUUUUAAUGAUCUUUUCGAAUUCUUAAUUUUUAGCUACAUUCUUUUUACAGUAUCAGUCAUGCACAACAACAAAAUUUGUCAUAUAUAUGACAAGAUGUUGUGUGAUGGUCACAUUUACGCAAAUUCAGUAACAGAGCAUAGAAAAUUGUACAUGAUAUUAAAUGUUUUGCAAUUUUAUGUGAAUCAAGUGUUAAUACUUGUAUUUGUUAUGAAAAUAAAUGUCACACAAACA